UUGAUGUUUUUCCACAUGUGAAGGUGUGGUCUCGGGCUUUAAAACUGUUCUCAUAUUCAGGAGGCUAAAAACGUCCAACACAUAAACGCUCAGAACAACAAGAGAGAAGCGACUUGCCGAACAGCCGAAGAUCUCAAGAUGCUGAGCUUCAGUCCUUGUCAGCACAGAUACGUCGAAAGCCGCGGCGGGAGGAGCCCGCAGUGCACCCUCACUUUCGCCGCGCUGCUGCUGCUUGUGUCCGCGCUGCCUGCCUGCAGAGGUGUUCCAGUAUUGUCACCCCAAGGACUACAGGGAGAACAGGAAAUGCAAGACUGGAAUGAGAUUGAGGACGUGUGCUCAUCUUUUCUCUCAGUAGAUUCCCAGUCUCAGGCAUCGUCUGCACUUGAUGAACUGUGUUACCUGCUCAUGGGAAUCGUUCACAAAACUCAGGAUACAAAACCAAAAGAUCACGCCAAAAGGUUCUUAUUUCAUUAUUCUAAGACCCACGACUCAGGCAACUCAGACAUUGUGUCGUCUGUUCUGCAUCCUUUGCUGCAACUUGUCCCCCAGCUCCAUGUGAGAAGGAUGAGGAGAUUCAGAAGUGACGAUGAUCUUCAAGGACCUGCAGGAAUUCAAAGCCGAGGAUACUUCUUGUUUAGGCCAAGAAAUGGAAGAAGAUCAACAGUUCUUUCCUAGGAGAGUUAUGUCCAGAUAUUUAUGGCAGUGGAUAAGCCAUCCAUGUAUCCAGGGCAGCAUUUCCCUUUUGAAAUGAACCUUGCAACUUUUAUUGUUCUUUAGAAGUCUCCUUUAUUAUUUUUUGAAUGUAUUCAGACUGAAAUAAAUUAAUUUUGAUUAAAGCAGGGUUUGUUUAAACAUCAUCUGUAAUUUAAAUUAAGAAGUUUCUUUACUGGUAUAAUUCCAGUCUAAUUCUCUUGUUUUUUUUCUAAAAAAGAAACUUCAGGGGUGUGUGUGCAUGCAGUUUUCACUGUUUCAUACAACUGUAAAGUGUACAAUAUGUGAUGUAAAAGGAAAUUCACACUUAUUACCUGUUACAUCUAAUAUGUUGUGUUGCAUUUUGUACCUGUCACUUUUGGAAAAAGUAUUAAAGAAAACUGUGUUUGGUCUAAAGAUGA